UGUGUCUCAGUCCCUCUCUCUCUUUCUGUCUGUCUCUCUCUGAAACUCCAGCGUCCACACAGUCAAGAAGAGGAGGAGGAGGAGGAGGAGGAGGAGAGAAUAAAUGAAACAGUUUUUGCAACCACAUGUUGCUGAUUGAGCCGCUGCAGCAGCUACCCUUUCUUUCUUGUGGCCGCUGCAUGUGUAGUUUCCAUCACCUGUGGCCACACUCCUAUUUCCUCUACGCCACAGAGAGAGAACAAAAAAGGGGCAUCUGAGAGAGGUGGAGGAGGAGGAUAUCUUUCACGACAAGUGGACUUCUGAUAGAGAGAAAAAGAGAGAGCGAGAGGGAGCUUACUGCAUGCCAAGUUAACGCAAAUGAAAGCAUCCUAAAACCACCACAAUGCCUGGACUCAUUAACAAGGAGAACCGGGGCGCUCUGCCACUCAGUGUGUCUGACAUCAGUUCCUGUGUCAGGGGUUACACUUUGGCUCUGACAGCUUCUAUGACCUAUGAAAAUAUUGAGGAUCAUGCAAUUGAAGGGAUCUUCAUUUAUCCACUGGAGGAAAAUUCUAUUGUUGUAGGCUUCGAGGCUAUGAUAUCUAGUCAGAUUAUAACACUUCAGAUCAAAGACAAGGCAAAAAUCGACGACUGUUAUCUGGAUUGCUGCGGCACUUCUAAUGGAGCUCUCCAGAGUGGCAGCGGACACAUAGUGAUGGAUGAGGAUUUUGAGAGGACCGUGUUAGUAGUUAACCUUGGGAUCAUCCCUCCCAUGGAGACGGUCCACAUUUUGGUCAGUACCUCCUCUGAGCUUUCCACUCUGCCAAGUGGGGGCAUCAGAGUCUCAUCUCCACCUGUGUGUACGCCCCGGGUGCAGAGGUCCAUCAACGAGGAACAGGGACUGUCCCCAAACUUCUCCAGAACGCGGGACAGACAGACCUCUGCUUCAAGUCCUCAUGACCAAACUCCCAACACACCUCAGCUUUGGUUGGCUUUAUUGCUGGAGGAGGAGGCCAUCAACUCCAUGGACUAUGAGUUUAAUUUCCAGCUUGAGAUACGAGCUCCCUACCUCCUCGCAGGUGUGGAGAGCCCUUCUCACGCCAUCCGAGCUGAUGCAGAUCCUCUGGCCCGCUCUGCUACCAGCAUUGUAAUCACUCUGGCAGACAAGUACACUUAUGACUACCCGGUCGUAAUCCUCAUCUACCCAAGCGAGCCUCAUGUGCCGCAUGUGCUCAUUGAGAACGGGGACAUGACACAGGAGGAGUAUGAUGAGUAUCUUCACAGCCGGAGCGAUUUCAUCAAGGCCACCAAGAAGGACUCCAGCAAUGAGAGGAAAGUAGAUAUAAUUCACAAGAGACUCCAUAAGGAUAUCCUCCACAACCCUGUGGUUAUGCUGAACUUCUGCCCUGACCUCAAGUCCAUUUGCUCUGACUUGAGGAAGGUUCACGGCGAAUUCAUCUUCCUCAUCGACCGCAGCGGCAGCAUGAGCGGGGUUAACAUCAACCGUGUGAAGGAUGCCAUGGUGGUUAAUCUGAAGAGCCUAGUGCCUGGCUGCGUUUUCAAUGUCGUAGGAUUUGGAUCUACAUUUAAAUCACUAUUCACGACAAGCCAAAGCUACGAGGAGGAUGCCCUGGCCAUUGCUUGCGAGUAUGUUAGAAAGAUAAGAGCUGACAUGGGGGGGACGAACAUCCUGGCACCGCUCACAUGGAUCCUGAGGCAACCUUUGAUCAGUGGACACCCCCGCCUGCUCUUCCUGCUCACAGACGGUGCUGUCAGUAACACGGGCAAAAUUAUCGAUCUGGUCCGCAGUCAUGCACGCUACAUCAGAUGUUUUACGUUCGGCAUAGGACAGAAUGCUUGCAGGAGGCUGGUGCAGGGGCUGGCGACAGUUUCCAAAGGAACAGCGGAGUUUCUCGCUGACGGAGAAAGGCUUCAGCCCAAGAUGAUAAAGUCCCUGAAGAAAACCAUGUCUCCUGUACUCAGCGACAUUUCCAUCGAAUGGCUCUUUCCUGAAACCAAAGAAGUGCUGCUCUCCCCUGUGGGCAACACUUUUCUGUUUCCAGGGGACAGUCUGAUUGGCUACAGCGUGGUUUGUGAUGCCACCCGCUAUCACGACAACCCCAAAUCUGAUAAGAGGAGGCGAUACAGCAUGAUGCGCUCUGUUGAGUCAGCCAGCUCAGUGUUUUACCACUCUCAAGAAGAGGACCCAGUGAAGACAGCUGGUGACAAUCUGGGUUCACACAGGGAGGGCCAUUCUGGAACUCUGUAUGAUUCCUACCAGGACUCCAUGAUAGACAGCAGCCCUGUCGGCACAGACCAUGACCCCAUGGGUUUAGAUAAGACAUCACCGAGAAGGCGUGCCUAUAGUACCAACCAGAUAUCAGACUACAACCCAGCAAAGAAGGUCUACACUCCCAGUGACUCCAGCUCUGUGGCGGUGAAGAAUCCACUGAGGAGAGCCAAAGUCCAGGAGCUGAUAGGCCAGAUGAGCCCUGAAUAUGAUGCACAGUGGAGGAAUGACUACCAGCCGCAGCUGGCAAGUCUGGGUACCACAUCUACCAGGGGGCGUUCUGCCAGCUGUCACAAGCCGCUCCUUCAACAGGAGCUCUUUCUGCAGCAGGAAGCCGACUCUGAGCAUCAUUUUCAUCCCCAGCCACAGGACGAUCCUCCGCCCAGCGGCGGCAACGUGACGCCUGUGUCUCGCAAUGCUGCCAGGGAAGAUGGAUCCAGAUCUUCCACAGACAGCCCAUCUCUUGGGAGCAUUGGAGACACAGAUGGUUAUGGACACCAGUUGUGCCGAGCAGAAACCCCACAGGAUACCCACGCUGCACAUCUGGAUGCUGCCAACCAGCACAAAGGUGACUGCAAGGCUGUGGUGUCUGGACUGCUGUGCGGAAAACCAAUGAAGUGGGAGGUUGUGUUUGAUAUCGAGCCCUUUCUGAAUGGCCGUGAACGUGAGGAAAAGGUUCACGAGGAGCUGUGGAACGAGACCUUCCACCACCUGGCCGGCCGCUCCAUCAUCAACGACUUUGAGCACAUGGCCGAUAAGGAGUGUGAGAUUGAACACGGGUCUGGCAGGAAGUACCAGUUAUACGGUAUUCACACCAGCAAAGCCUGCAAUAUACUGAGCAAAUACACAGCGUUUGUUCCCAUUGACCUGGACACAAAUGAGUAUUUGCAGACAUGUAUUGAAUACUUAAACCCUGGUGAUGGUCUGAAGAGGAACUCACACUCCAGCUCUCGCUCAGGGAGCAGGAAGAACAGAGGUUACUCCAUCGGGCUUGGCCGCUCUCAGUCUGGCGGCAUGUCGGAGGAAGUCGAAGAUGUCCUGCUGCACAACAGUGGAGAAGACGGCAUCUCUCCGUGCAGCACCCCCUCCUCCGCCGGCUGGGAGAAGUGUAGCUUUGCGGAGGUCUCCCAGAGGAGUCCCUCUGUGACCUCCGACCAAUCACAGAAAUCGGUGGAAAGCCUUUUUUCUGCCAGGCUGGCCCUCAGCAGGACUCGUCUGCUAACUCGAGCUGCCAAAGGAUUCAUGUGUCGAUCUCACAGCAAGUCUGGUGAUUCAAUUGGAGAGAGCGACAACGAGAACAAAGACUACAUUCCUCUGGUGUUGUUGCAGUUGGCUUGUGGUGCAUUUCCCCUGGACGCAGCUCUGUGCGAUGCCAUUAGUGUGCCCAUGGACAAGCUAAAGUGGACGUCCCCCUUCACCAGUCACCGCACCAGCCUGGGCCACUUGUCUCACUCCAGCAGCCGCCGCGCUGAGAGUGCUGAUGAUGGAUGCAGAUCACCGUUUGAGCAAGAAACAUAUCAGCAGCCUGCAGAUCACACCGCAGGCAUUCACAGCCUGUCUCAUCUGUCCAGGAGCACCUGGACGGAUGCUGGUCCCUCCUCGUUAGCCAGCCCAUCUGCCGCUGCCAAUCCCCCGCUCUCCACACUCUCCCGGGUGGAUAGUGCACAGAGCUCUGGGUCAGGGGGCUUGGAAACACCAUCGCCUGUAGAAAGCAUGGUGUGGGCUACAGCGGUGGCCCUUGCCUGGCUGGAGCAUAGCUCUGCCAACUAUUUUAUAGAAUGGGAACUGGUAGCCGCCAAGGCCAGCAUGUGGCUGAGUGAGCAGGACAUCCCAGAGGGCCGAGAUUUAGCAUCAGUGAAAGCUGCUGCCAAUCAGCUCUUCAUCAUCCUCAGACACUGGGAUGAAAACCUGCAACUGAACAUGCUCUGUUACAACCCUAACAGCGUCUGAGGCCUGUCAGUCCAAGACUGCAAGUACUCAAACCCUAACGAUACUAUGCUAACUGAGGCCAUGCUAUUCUCUGAUCAGCAGUUUGUCCUCUGGAGUCUGAUUUUGCAUUGCAGUUGUGAACAAUGUGUGUUUUCUUCUGUUUGUGUGCUGUUCCUCCAAACAUAUCACAGGCUCUUCAGAGGAACUACAGUGUGUGCAAGCUGUUACCUCGCUGGUGCCAUAUGCUGUAUCUGGAUCACUAUUAGCAAUGGAGCUAUCCGAGUUAUGCCACUGAUUUGAGUUUGAAAGAGAAGAAUGCCAGUGUUAAAUUUGUAGCAUGCCAUCAACCAUCAUCAUCUGAGAAAAGCUAUUACUGUCAUCACAUUGAUGUAACAAGGAGAAUGCUGCAAAACUAUGGUAAGAUCAACUGUUCCACUAAUUAGUACACGCCAUUUUUACAACAGUACAACCUUUUCUGAAUUGUUUGGAUUGUGCUGAGGGGAAACAAAUGUUGAAAAUAAUAAUCUGGUUACUUGCCCUCAGUACUGGCACUCUUUUCUAAUGCUCAGUGCCAUUACAUUGUUAGUACUAUUUGCCAUUUUUGCAGUUUAAUUGUAGCAGAGAAAGAAAAAUAUGCAAAAAGCUAGAGAAAAUAUGACAUAGGUUAACAAUUUGUUUGAAAAAAAAAAAGUGGUAUAUGUGGGGAAAUGUGUGUAUCUCUCUAGCAUGUGAUUUACUGUCUAUAUUUCAUACAGCUUUUAUUUUCCCGUACCUGAUUAUAACUGUUUUAGAGUAUAAGAUUUAUUAUUUCUUUUACUUUUACUUAAAAACAAAAACACAGAUGUGGAGCUGGAUGCACCAGCGGUUUGCAGGUUCAGAAUUAUCCUCAUAAGCUGAAGGUUUGCUAAGUAAUAAGGAAAUUUACACUAAUUUAACUCUAAUGCACACAGAGAUUUUCCCUGUAAUUUACCAGGUUUAACUGCUGUAAGCUGACAUAAGCAUUGUUAUUAAUCUGUUAGAAUAAAAAAGUGAUUACGCUUUAAGAGGUUUUUCUAAAUGAAGCUUCUCAAAAAAUAGCACGAAACCUACAGAAAUAAUUAGGCUUUUAGCACCAAGGACCACACUUGACUUAAAAUAUAUCAAAAGCAUUAUAUAGACAAAAGCAUUGGGCCAUGCCUCUUAAACUUUGAAUUCAGGUGCCUUUUAAAAUGGCUCAUUCUAAAGAACCCACUGAAUUCAAGCAUGGUACUGUAACAGGAUGUCAUAUCUGCAAUAAGUCAGUUUGUGAAAUUUCUUCCCUUCUUGCUGAUUCCGAAUCAGCUGUAAGUGGUAUUAUUGCAAAGUGGAUGUGAUUAAGAGCCACAGCAGCUCACACAAAGUGGCAGACCAUGUAAAGAUGCAGAGUGGGAUGGCUGAGUGCUGAAGUGCAUAGUGCAUAAAGUGGCAAACACGGUGCUGACUUAAUACCUGUAGAGAUCCAAACCUCCACUGGCAUCAGCACAAACCCUGUGUGCUGAGAGCUUCAAGGCAUGGAUUCAAUGACCAAGGAGCUCCUGUAGGAGGGGAUUUGUAUUUCUGCAUUAAUAAAUCAGUGCUGUACAUGCAUCAUAACUGCGAGCUGUUCUGUAAACCUACGCUGUAACCUUUGCCAUAACCUGACAUGCUGCUCCCUGGAAAUGUAACUACACGCCCCGUUGAUGUAGCUCUCCCCUGUUGUAAUUGGUCCGUUCAGGGAAUCCUCCCCUGAGUUUCUGGCGACCUUUUUGCUGUGGUUUUUGAAUGAAUCAGUGGAGCCAUGUGCAUACAACCACGAAUGUGGACGUUGGGCUCUACAAGGAUUCACUGCAAAAGUCUAAAUCAGUCUAAAUCAGCCGUAAUGUGUAGUUGGCCCAGUUAUUUUGUCCAUGUUGUGUUUUUAUGCACUACAUAAAGAUGUAGGAAAUACAAUAGUAAUUGCUAGUAGUAUGGUAUAACAGGCAAUAAAGGAAGCUAAAAGUUAUUCUGUGAUACUGGCUGGAGCACACCUGUCUUUAAACAUAGCCGUCAUCUUUAUCUCAGUGUUAUAGCUCUUAAUUUUCAUUAUUGGGUCUUGCACAGUUGCAAACUGAAAAACUCGGACCAUAAAAAGAGAGACAGACAGAUAGAAACUGCCAAAUUACUAGAAAUUAGUUGCACAUCCUGCUGACAUCAUAAUCACAUAUAAACAUAUCUAUAUAUAUGCACAAUUAAAUUCAAUACUUUUCUUUCCCCAGAAAGAGCUUUACUUUAUAAGUUAUGUUAUUUGAAUACAGAUUUUUUAUUUCAAAGAACAACUCACAUUUGAAAACACUGUUUUAAUAUGAAAUCACUUCACACUUUACACUUCAAAUCCUGUCUCCCCCCCACCCUGGACCCCCACCAAUUCGCAUACCGCCA